AUGUAUCACAACUUCAUAUUUUCCUACACCAAUCUAUUCAUUGUGAACCUCGCCGUCGGAGACAUAUUGAUGGCCAUCCUCUGUAUUCCCUUCACAUUCGUAUCCAAUCUUCUGCUCCAAUACUGGCCUUUCGGACCCUUCAUGUGUGUCAUUGUGUGCUAUUCACAAGCGGUCACUGUAUUUGUCAGCGCCUAUACCCUCAUCGCCAUCAGUAUUGACAGAUACAGAGCUAUAUUACACCCAUUGAGGGCCAGAAUGACAGAAAUGAAUACACGGCUCAUAAUAAUGAUCAUAUGGUUGGUAUCGCUGGUGACACCACUGCCCACAGCCAUACUCUCCCGACUGAAACGGCAGCAAAACAACACUCAUUUGCAUUGCAUUGAGGACUGGAAUGACUUGAAUAAGCGAUACUAUUAUUCAGUGGCUUUAAUGGCAUUGCAAUACGUAUUCCCGCUGACA